AUGUCAUCAGAAAUACCACAACCACAACAACAAAUACUCGAAAGUAAUAUAUCUGAAGAUAAAUCUCAAACUUCAACACCUGCAACACCUGCAACACCUGCUUCAGCAAUUGAUGGUGGUAGAGAAAUUUCAAAUAGAAUUUUAUAUGUUGGUAAUAUUCCCAAAUCUGCAUCAGAAGAAAUGUUGAGAGAUUUAUUUUCAAUAUCAAAUCCAAUUAAAGGUAUUAAAAUAUUAAAUGAUAAAAAUAAAUUAGGUUUCAAUUAUUGUUUUAUUGAAUAUGAUUUGCCAAAAGAUGCAGAAGUUGGUUUUCAAUCAUUAAAUGGUAAAGUUAUAAAUGAUUCAGAAAUUAGAAUUAACUGGGCUUAUCAAUCAGCUACAAUAACUACAAAUUCAACAAAUAAAGAGGAACCAAUUUAUAAUAUUUUUGUUGGAGAUUUAAGUCCCGAAGUUAAUGAUGAAGGUUUAAAAAAUGCAUUUCAAAAAUUUGAAAGUUUAAAACAAGCUCAUGUAAUGUGGGAUAUGCAAACUUCAAGAUCAAGAGGUUAUGGAUUUGUUACGUUUGAUAAAUUAGAAGAUGCAGAAUUAGCUUUACAAACAAUGAAUGGUGAAUGGUUAGGUGGUAGAGCUAUAAGAUGUAAUUGGGCAAGUCAUAAACAAAUAAAUAAUGGUAAAACUCCUCGACAACGUCAAUUUAAACAACAACAGCAACAACAACAACAACAACAAACAAAUGGUAAUAAUACUACAUCACCAAUAAUAAAUGGUAAUAGUAAUAAUAAUACAAAUGGUAAUAAUCAAUUACCUGUCAUGUCUCCACAAUCAUAUGAUAUAGUAUUGAGACAAACUCCAUCAUGGCAAACUACGGUAUAUUUAGGAAAUAUUGCACAUUUUACUCAACAACAAGAAUUAUUACCUUUAUUACAAAAUUUUGGUUAUAUAGUUGAUUUUAAAUUUCAUCCUGAACGGGGAUGUGCAUUUGUUAAAUAUGAUACUCAUGAAAGAGCAGCAUUGGCAAUAAUACAAUUAGCAGGUUUUAAUUUAAAUGGUAGACCUUUGAAAUGUGGAUGGGGCAAAGAUAGACCACCCCAAUUUCAAAACUUUAGAAAUAUUCAACAACAACAACAACAGCCAAUGUAUAAAUAA